AUGGCGUCCUCCGCUUCGGCUCGGCCUGCGGCCGGGAAGCGAGUGGUGAGCCAGGAUGAACUGCGGCGGCUGAUGAAGGAGAAGCAGCGCCUGAGCACCAACAGGAAGCGCAUAGAGUCUCCGUUUGCGAAGUACAACCGCCUGGGGCAGCUGAGCUGCGUCCUGUGCAACACCCCGGUGAAGAGCGAGCUCCUGUGGCAGACCCACGUCCUGGGGAAGCAGCACCGGGAGAGAGUGGCCGAGCUGAAGGGCGCGAAGGAGGCCCCCCCGGGGCCGUCCGCCAGCGCGGCGCCCCCGUCUGCCAAGAGGAAGGCUCCGGACCCCGACAGCCACGACGCCAAAAGGCCGAAGGCCCCGCAGGUGCCCCAGGCACAGCCCUCCCCGUCCGCUUUGCGCACCGGCGCCGACAAAGCGGGAAAGGAGUCCGCUGGAGCGACCCCCGGUAAGGCCUCGGCACUCGGGUUACUCCCUGAUUAUGCAGAGGAGGAGGAAGAAGAGGAAGAGGAGGAGGAGGAGAAGGGAGGAGAAAAGCCAGAGGGGGACGCCAGCACGCAGCCGCCCGACACGCAGGGCAACAAGGAACACUCACUCUCCUCCUCGCUGGAGGCAACAGGUAGUGGGCUGCCCAGAGACUUCUCGACUGCAAACCCUCCCAAGGCCCCUUUAAUUCCUCACUCGGGGUCCAUUGAGAAAGCAGAGAUACAUGAGAAAAUAGUGGAGAGGAGGGAGAACACCGCGGAAGCAUUACCGGAAGGUUUUUUUGACGACCCCGAGAUAGACGCAAGGGUGCGAAAGGUUGAUGCCCCCAAGGAUCAGAUGGACAAGGAGUGGGACGAAUUUCAAAAAGCCAUGAGACAGGUCAACACCAUCUCCGAAGCCAUCGUGGCUGAAGAGGACGAGGAGGGGCGGUUGGACCGGCAGAUUGGGGAGAUCGACGAGCAGAUCGAGUGUUACCGUCGGGUGGAAAAACUGCGGAAUCGCCAGGAUGAGAUAAAACACAAGCUUAAGGAGAUCCUGACAAUAAAAGAGCUGCAGAAAAAGGAAGAGGAGAAUGUUGACAGCGACGAUGAUGGAGAACUGCAGGAUUUGUUGUCUCAGGAUUGGAGGGUCAAAGGGGCUUUGUUAUAG